CAAACCCCACCCAACACAACCCGCCACCCCCUCAUAUUACCCAACCCAACCCCGGGAGGAGUCAUUGCCCUCCGCUGUUUCCCAAUAUCCUCCAAUUCCGCGCCGUCAUAUCCCCCGCAAUCACAAACACCCAAAGAUAUAUCCAAUUUGUAAUGGCAUCACCGAGCUCUCCGGUCAAGAAGCGGCCGAGGACUCAAUCCCUCCCACCGCUACCAAGCCUCACAGCGGAGCAAGCGGUUCCCAUCUCGGCUGAAGAUAGAGAUUCCAAACGGCUAAUUGUCGUCCUGGCACGGGCAUGCCUCGAAACCCACAAAGUUUCGGCCAACGGAGGAGAGAAGUACGUCCUCCUCAACUCAGACGAUCACAUUGGAGUUUUGAAAAAGAUGGGUCGGGAUAUCAGUGACGCUCGGCCAGAUAUCCUCCAUCAGUGCCUUCUCACACUACUAGACAGCCCCGUGAACAAAGCUGGAAAGCUCCAGGUCUACAUCCAAUCCACCAAGGGCGUCCUCAUCGAGGUGAACCCUACGGUGCGAAUACCCCGGACAUUCAAGCGCUUCGCUGGUCUUAUGGUGCAGCUGCUACACAAACUAUCCAUCCGGUCGACCUCCUCCAGCGAGAAACUACUCAAGGUUAUUAAGAAUCCCGUUUCUCAGUACCUCCCGCCGAAUUGCCGCAAGGUGACGCUGUCUUGGGAAGCGCCCGUUAUGAAUGUCCGGGAGUAUAUUUCCGGGCUUGAGGACGAUGAGAGCAUCUGUGUUGUUGUGGGCGCCAUGGCGAAGGGGAAGGACGACUUUGCCGAUGGGUGGGUUGAUGAGAAGAUUGGUGUGAGCAAUUACUCGUUGUCGGCGAGUGUCGCUUGCAGUAAGUUUUGUCAUGCUGCCGAGGAUGUUUGGGGGAUAUUGUAGUACUUCCCUCCUUCCUUGUCCAAGUACUGGUGCUUGUUGAUAACUCUUUUGUGUUCCCUAUCGGUGUUUUUAUCUUUUGAACGGCCAUAAUCCGUUUUUACCUGUCCUGCUUUCCCCCGCCCCCACUCCCCCCACUCUUCUAGUAAAACCCCACACAAAAAAACAUACAAAAUGGGCGCCCUACAAAUAACAAAAAAGCAGAGGGAAAAUUAUCAACCCAUGGCAUUCAACAGGCACUGGGUGCAUAGUUUUCCAAUUUCAUUUUUUUAGAUUCAUUCUCAUUUUUCUUUCUAGGGAUUCUUUUUUGUUUUAAAAAAGGAGAAGGGCGGAUACCUCAACGUAUAUUAUUGUUGUCAAUGUUGGUUAUCAUUACUCCCAUUAUCGUGUUUCGCGAUAUGCUACUUUUGCUGGGGCGCGGUGCAGUAGUAGUCUAAUUUUCAAUAGUACUUAUACCACCAUA